CCAAAGAAUCCGACCCACAGAAGCAUCCGUUCAACAACAAAGGCAGAGCCAGCAUACUGCUGUUGUUUUCGACUGGUAAUUUUGCACAGGCUUGAUUUUACAUGGCUAGGAAAUGUAUAUAUUUUCAAGGACCGUUUCCAAGUAAGAAGUAAGGAAUCACGACUGAAGGUAAACAAAUCCGCGCCCCUUGUUUCAACUGAAAACUAUAGGCGAGUUAUCUUGCACAAAGGGUCGAUCACGGUAUGGGACUGCUGCUUCAGCAAGAGGAAAUUAGUUGUAAUGAUACAAUAAAGUUGUAAGAUUCUGGAUAAGAGACUGGUGAUAAUUGGACAGCCUGUGUAACUCUGCGUGGGAUAAGUUAAAAGCUGACCGUGUUGUGGGUUAAUACCUGCAAGUAGUCGUGCCUUUAGCUGGUGGCGACCAAUGUGUACAAAAACCUAAUGGAAUAGUACGACUGAUCUAUUCAGAACAUCGAGGAAUUUCAAAACGUUAGGGAGAGAGGACGAUCCCUUUCGGGAUUCCUUUAAUGUGUGUUAAAUACUUCCGUAACGCACAUGAAGAACUGGAGUUGCAUUUGUGAACAGGAGGGCUAUCGUAGUGGCUACCUUUUAUAUUGGCAAGGGAUCAGUGUGUGUUCCCAAUGAAGAUUAAAAAUCAGGAAAUUGUGCAUUGCGUCAAACUUGAAAACUGACAAGACAUUAAACCAAAUAAUAUGCAAAUAACUUGUGUUAACAAUAUCGAAUUACUCGUUUCAAAUAAACGACAGGGAGCCUGUGAAAUACUAUUUGUAGAAUAAGAAAAGUGCAUUUCAAAGCCCUCUUGCAUUUGGAAUAACGUUGCAGCAAGAACCACGCCUGAACUGGCAAAUAAAGUUGAAGGAUUUACGACCUUUUCCUCGUAUAACUACAUGGGGAAAAAUGCUGUUUUGACUUGUUAAAUUCUGUUCAGAUUUUAAGUUUUCAAGACUGAAAAUUAACAAUCAAAAUGGAUCUCCUCUCGCUCCCCGCCUGUAUCCUAAUACUAUUUUGGACUUUAUUUACCUCCGGAUCUACCUUCCCCUUCUCAGUGUCGGAUUACAGCAUCAAACGGUCAAUUUGCAAGCCCAUUCCUAGCACCAUGGGUCUCUGUCAUAACGUGGGCUACCGUGAGAUGCGGCUGCCCAAUCUUCUGGGCCACGAUACGUUGAAGGAGGCGCAGCAACAGGCUGGCUCGUGGGUGCCCCUGGUCUCCAAGCACUGCCAUCGUGACACCAAGAAGUUCCUCUGCUCCCUCUUUGCGCCCGUAUGCCUGAGCGAGCUGCUGGAGCCAAUCCGCCCCUGCAUGAGCCUCUGCGAGGGGGUGCGGGACGGCUGCGUGCCCGUCAUGAGCGCUUUCGGCUUUCCAUGGCCCGAGAUGCUCAACUGCAGCCAAUUCCCAGCGGGCACCGAGUUGUGCAUCCCACCCUCGGGCGGCUCUGACGAGACUCUAUCCGAGAAUUCAGACGAGAAACAGGAGGAGAAUCUUGAGACACUGGUUUGUGAUGCCUGCAAGUCAACCGGACAAGACGAAAAUGAGAUCCUACAGAACUACUGCAAGAAUGAUUUUGCAGUGAGACUGAGGGUACGGGAGUCAACGGUGGAAGGGGAAGACAGAAAAAUUGUGGGCGAGGGCAAGAGCCGGAUGCUUCUGCGCAAGAAUAACCAUGCGGAGGAGGAGGAAGCGAUACUCAGGAGCGCCCUCUGGCUGCCUGGAGGAGGAAAGUGCACUUGCGAUGAGCUCUCUGAUACCUCUGACACCUUGCUGGCCCUGGCGAACAGGGCAGGGGACAGGCUGGUCCUUUCCAGAGUGGUACGCUGGCAGCGUGGGGACAAGGAGCUGAGAAAAUUGAUGCGUAUCAUCCGCAAAUUGCAAUGCUGACACCCAGCAACUCAACAAGUGUGUGCGUGUGUUCCACAGUUUAGAGAAGAACAUGCUUUUCUACUGCAUGUUAAAGUACGUAGAGCGAAGAAAAUAAUUUCAGUUAAUCUUACCUGUUAUGUAUUGCCAUAGGUUUGCCUGUGUUAAAGACACGCAUGCAAUGGUACAGCUGAAUAACAUUUUGUUUUUCUUUAUCUCAGAGCUCCACUUGAAGAGAUUGCAUGUAGAAACACAGUUGAUGUUGAAAAUAGAAGUACUAAGAUUCAAUGACAAAUUUUGACUCUAAUGAAAAAGCAAAUUCAUGUGUGCAUUCCUCUAGGAGAAUGUGAGAUCCACUGCAGUUAUUCUCUUCAUAGCGGCUGGUGAGUUAACAGACAUCAGCAGGCCCGUGUGCUACAGAGCUUGUUCUUUAUUUCGAUGGUAAGACGUUCGUCUUUGAACUAUCGCUUUUCCAUUGGGCUGAUAUGCCAAUUCAUUGCUCUCCAAAGUGAUGGUAAGAUUUACUGGAAAUUAUUUGUUAGUGUAAUGUACUUUAAAUGAGUGAUGAGCAAGAUAAAAAAAAAAAUUUAAAAACCUAAACAAAAGAAAAAACAUUAUUUUUAAAAGGUGUUUUUCUAGUUCCAAUGUCCAGGUAAAUGUACAUUUAUUGUUCUUUUGGGGCCUUCAUUAAAUAAGCUGUUGUGUUAACAGAAAUAUUGUGUGGUAACAAAAUAGAACAAGCUGUUGUUGGCUUCUGUGCUUGGCUGCUUGCAUGCAUAAUAUUUAAACUUUUUAAUCUAAACCAAGAGACCAGUGGGCCCACACAAUUGAUUUAAGUUUGCAUUGUCCUUUGACAGGGAGCCUUGUUGUAGUUUGCUUUAGAUAUUCUAGUUAAAAAUUAUGUACCCAUUACUGAACCCUGGUA